AACCAGAAACCAGAAUAAUAAGAAAAAUGGAACGCCAAUUGUCAAAGUUAUGAAGUUGCUACCGAUCGCAAAACCGAUUACCUUAGCUCACGAGGAGAAGGUCUUGUAAACAAAAAUACAGCGCCGCUUCAGCCGCUCUUACUAUUAAAACCCUCCACCACGCUCCGCCGGCACAUUCAACUCUUUCACCGCGCCAAUCAAUCACAUCCACUCGGUCUGCUUUGAGUUCGUUUAAGCGGCUGAUGAAGCAGAGGAUCCUCUGCUCUCGCAUUUUCACUCUCCCUUUUUAUUCUACAAACUUCAUUCCUGUUCGAGCCUCCAUAUCCAUAGCUCGCCUUUUCACUCUCCCUUCCCUUUCUCUUUCUCACCCCAAUAUAAUCAUGCCUCAGAGAGGACAACAAAAGUGUAAAGCCGAGGCAGAUACCGAUAAGGCGGCUUCUUCUUCAUCGAUGCCAAGUGCGGUGGCUGAAGCAGUCACUAACAGAAUGGGUGGGUUGAGUAUAAUAGCUGAAAACGAAGUACAUAAAACUAUUUCGAAGCCUAAGUCUUAUCAAACAAUUGCCAAUGCUGAUGUUGAAAAUGUGUCCGAAACAACUCCAAAAAGCAGUGCAAGUUUGAGCAAAAUAUUCAAGGGUAAUUUGUUGGAGAAUUUUACAUUGGACGAUUCGACCUAUUCACUUGCUCAAAUAAGAGCCACUUUCUAUCCUAAAUUUGAAAAUGAAAAGUCUGAUCAAGAGAUUAGGGCCAGGAUGAUAGAGGUGGUGUCUAAAGGGUUGGGAACCUUGGAGGUAACUCUUAAACAUUCUGGGUCACUUUUUAUGUAUGCGGGUCAUGAAGGUGGAGCGUAUGCCAAAAAUAGUUUUGGGAAUGUAUACACUGCUGUUGGUGUCUUUGUUCUUGGACGGAUGUUUCAAGAGGCAUGGGGAACUGCAGCUGGAAAGAAGCAAGUGGAGUUCAAUGAUUUUCUUGAGAUAAACCGCAUGUGCAUAUCAAUGGAACUAGUUACUGCUGUUCUAGGAGACCAUGGGCAACGCCCUCGAGAAGAUUAUGUGGUGGUGACGGCAGUCACAGAACUGGGCAAUGGAAAGCCAAAGUUCUACUCAACUCCUGAAGUGAUUGCCUUUUGUCGGAAAUGGCGCCUUCCAACAAAUCAUGUUUGGUUGUUCUCAACAAGGAAAUCAGUGACAUCCUUUUUUGCGGCCUAUGAUGCAUUGUGUGAGGAAGGAUUGGCAACAACUGUAUGUAGGGCUCUUGAUGAAGUUGCUGAUAUAUCUGUGCCAGGUUCAAUAGACCAUAUAAAAGUGCAGGGUGAAAUUUUGGAGGGUCUUGUGGCUCGUAUUGUUGGUCAUGAGAGCUCAAAGCACAUGGAGGAGGUAUUGAGAGAAUAUCCUCCUCCACCAGUUGAGGGAGCUGGCCUUGACCUGGGGCCAAGUCUAAGGGAAAUCUGUGCUGCAAAUAGGUCAGAUGAAAAACAGCAAAUAAAAGCCCUCCUUCAGAGUGUUGGCUCUUCAUUUUGCCCUAACUUUUCAGACUGGUUUGGGGUUGAAUCUGGUGAUAGUCAUUCAAAAAAUGCCGACAGAUCUGUUGUCUCAAAAUUUUUACAAGCUCACCCUUCUGAUUUUUCUACCACAAAGUUGCAGGAAAUGAUUCGUUUGAUGAGAGAAAGGCGUUUACCAGCUGCUUUUAAAUGCUAUCAUAACUUCCACAAAAUCGGUUCUGUAUCUGUUGACAAUCUUUUCUAUAAAUUGGUCAUUCAUGUCCACAGUGACUCUGCUUUUCGGCGAUAUCAAAAAGAGAUGAGGUACAAGCCGGGAUUAUGGCCAUUAUACCGAGGGUUUUUUGUUGACAUUAACUUAUUCAAGGCUAAUAAGGAGAGAGCUGCUGAAAUUGCAAAAAACAACAACAUAGAUGGAAAUGUUAAUGAUAGAGCAAAAGAUGGUUUAGCUGAUGAUGAUGCAAAUUUGAUGAUCAAACUGAAAUUUCUUACAUACAAGUUGAGAACCUUUUUGAUCCGCAAUGGCUUGUCAACUCUUUUCAAGGAUGGCCCAUCUGCCUACAAGGCAUACUAUCUAAGGCAGAUGAAAAUCUGGGGAACUUCAGCAGGAAAACAGCAAGAACUCAGCAAGAUGCUAGAUGAAUGGGCUGUACACAUACGAAGAAAAUGUGGAAAGAAGCAGUUGUCAUCUUCAAUAUACCUGACUGAGGCUGAAUCUUUCCUUGAACAAUACGCAAGUCGAAGUCCAGAGAACCAAGUUUUGAUAGGAUCUGCUGGAAGCUUUGUUAGGGCGGAAGAUUUCAUGGCCAUCAUAGAAGGAGGUAGGGACGAAGAGGGUGAUCUUGAGAUGGAUAAGGAGGUGGUGUCCCCAAGUCCUAUUUCCUCAUUCAAGGAAACUGUUCAAAAGGAUAAGGGUUUGAUUGUCUUCUUUCCAGGAAUUCCAGGAUGCGCUAAGUCUGUACUUUGCAAGGAAUUACUAAAUGCCCCUGGAGGUCUUGGAGAUGAUCGCCCGGUUCAUAGUUUGAUGGGUGACCUUAUUAAAGGAAAGUACUGGCAGAAGAUUGCUGAUGAGCGGCGGAAAAAACCAUACUCUGUAAUACUUGCAGACAAAAAUGCACCCAAUGAAGAGGUUUGGAGACAGAUCGAAGGCAUGUGCCGGAGCACCCAAGCCUCUGCUGUUCCGGUCAUACCUGAUUCAGAAGGGACGGAUUCAAAUCCAUUUUCUCUUGAUGCAUUAGCUGUUUUCAUGUUCCGUGUACUUCAACGUGUUAAUCAUCCGGGGAAUUUGGACAAAUCAUCUCCAAAUGCUGGUUUUGUGCUGCUUAUGUUUUAUCACCUUUAUGAUGGCAAGAACCGCACAGAGUUUGAGAGUGAACUAAUAGAACGUUUUGGCUCUCUUGUCAAGAUGCCAUUGCUGAGACCAGAUAGGAGUUCUCUGCCAGAUCCAGUGAGAUUGAUUCUAGAAGAGGGGAUAAAUUUAUACAGACUGCAUACUAAUGCACAUGGAAGAUUGGAAUCCACCAAGGGUUCAUAUGGAAAGGAGUGGGUUAAGUGGGAGAAACAAUUGCGUGAGGUUUUAAUUGGUAGUGCUGAGCACCUGAAUUCCAUUCAGGUUCCAUUUGAGUCUGCAGUAAAGCAAGUGUCAGAACAGCUACAGAAUAUCAUCAAGGGAGAAUACACUCCACCGAGCACAGAGAUGAGGAAACUUGGCACAAUUAUUUUUGCUGCUGUCAGUUUGCCUGCUACAGAAAUCUCCAGUCUCCUAGAUAAGUUGGUUGAGAACAACCCCAAGGUCAAAAGCUUUCUCAAGGACAAGGACAUGGAACACAACUUGAAGAAGGCUCAUCUCACUCUUGCCCACAAGCGAAGUCAUGGCGUUACGGCUGUAGCUAGAUAUGGGCAUUUACUCCAUCAGAAGGUCCCUGUGGAAUUGACUGCCCUUCUUUUCACUGAUGAAAUGGCUGCUCUAGAAGCGGAAGUUGGUUCUGUUGAUGGCGAAAAAGUUAUACCCAAAAAUGAGUGGCCGCAUGUUACCUUAUGGACUGGAGAGAAAAUUGCGGCCAAGGAGGCGAACAGAUUGCCUCAAUUGCUUCUGGAGGGGAAAGCAAUUCGUAUUGAAAUCAAUCCACCCAUCAUCAUAUCUGGUGAACUAGAAUUUUAUUGAGUUCUUUGAUCAUUCUUUUCCUGAAGUAUACUGGUCGUGGUAAGGUUUUGAUUGCAUUUCUGUAAAAAAUGAGUGCAAAAGUUCUCACAAAAUUUUGUAGGAAAUAAGGGUUAUAGAAUUUGUAAGAAUAACAGUGUAAUAGAAUUUGUUAUUUAUGUGUCGUGCCAUUUCUCGACUUCUUUA